AUGUCAAAUCACCUUUCGCCUCAGCACCACCUGGCGAUAGAACCCACUGCGGAGAUAACCACCAGCCAUACCAGUUUGUUGGAACAUACCAACUCGAACGAGGAUGGACAUUCACCCAUAGCCAAAAAGGACAUACAUAUUCACUCUCACGAUGAGAUCAUUUCCACCGGGCAUGAAUUACCUCUACUAUCUCUAAAUUCCAAUGCUACCAACCCAUCUUCUACACCUGCACCACUGGUCCAAACCAGAUUAUACAAAAGGAGGUUUUUCGUCUUGGUGGAACUAUCGUUACUUAACGUGAUAGUCUCAUGGUGCUGGUUAACUUUCUCUUCCGUAUCUGGAACUUCAUCUGAUUUCUUCAACGUAUCAGAAUCGACCAUAAAUUGGUUAUCUACUGGAUUCUUGUUCGCUUUUGUCGUUGCUUCCCCAGUUGUGUUAUGGGUACUGAAUAGAAGUACAAAAGCAGCUAUGGUCAUUGCAUCUAGUUUGUUGAUUUUAGGAAGUUGGUUAAGAUACCUGGGAUCGAGAGUACCUUCAAAUCAUAAUAGGGGGUUUGGGAUUGUGGUCUUUGGACAGAUUAUCAUUGGUUUUGCUCAGCCGUUUGUGCUUUCGGCGCCGACGAGGUUGUCUCAUCAGUGGUUUGGAGACAGGGAGAGGAUCACGGCGACGGCCCUGGCUAGUUUGUGUAAUCCCCUUGGAGGAGCUCUCGGCCAACUCAUUGGUCCUUUCAUAGCGACCGAACCUGAUAAAGUGCCGAAUAUGAUCUUAUACGUUGCUAUCAUUACCACUGUAAUAUCCAUUCCUUCCAUCUUCUUACCUUCUUCACCACCUCUACCACCGACCACAACCCCAUUCAACGAUACCAAGAUCGACUUCCGCACGGUCAAAGCACUAUUCUCCAACCUAUCUUUCCACCUGAUCGCAUGGCCAUUUAUCAUCUACGUCGCGUCAUUCAACGCUACUUCCUCUCUCCUCAACCAGAUUCUGGAACCCUAUGGCUUCAGCGAAGAUCAAGCAGGUAUAGACGGAGCAAUAAUGAUUGUCGUUGGACUAGUCGCAGCAGCCAUUGCCUCACCACUCUUAGACCGCUUUACGACUGGUCGACCAGGGGUCAAAUUGAUAGUUAUCAAAUUAUGCGUGGUCAUCAUAUCAAUCAUGUACGUUUUAUUCAUAUUCUUGCCCUCAACACGGAAGUUGGUGGGAAUAGCGAUAAUAUCAGCAUUGAUCGGAUCGACAUCUUUCAUUCUUCUUCCACUGGCGCUCGAAAUGCUAGCGGAUACAACAUGGCCUAUUGGACCUGAAGUUUCGUCAACGAUAUGCUGGGCGACAUCCCAACUUAUCGGUGGAUGUCUGUUGGUUUCGAUGACUGCUCUCAAAGGACAUAAGAAGAACCACCCGGAUCAAUCGAUGUAUAGGAGUUUGGUCCUUCAGGCGGUACUUUGUUGUGUAGUAGCACCUUUACCGCUUUGUCUGGGAUUAUGGGGAACAGGAAGGAAUUCAAGAGAUCCGAAGAGAGCUGAAGGGACUGAUGGGCUUGGUACGAGCGAGUCGACAGAGAGCUCUGCUACAUAG